AUGGAAUCAACAAUAUACGCUUGCGGGUCGGGGUUGGAGCUGGUUUCGGACCAGGCAGUUCGAGAAGGGAAUAUGAGUUGUUCUUCAGAAUGGAAGCUUGUUGCCACUAUGCUGGCCGUAAAUUUCGCCUUUGCGAUUGUGAAUUUGCUUCUCAAGAAGACGCUUGAUCAAGGGUUGAAUUAUUUGAUCAUCGUUACGUAUCGGCAGGCUAUUUCUGCUAUUUUCUUGACACCAAUUGCCUGCUUCUGGGAAAGGAAAAGCGGAACUGAGAUUACAUCUCGGCUGCUGUGUUACCUUUUCUUCAGUGCUUUAGUGGGGGUAACGCUCACACAAUUCUUGUUCCUUCUUGGACUUGAAAACACAUCUGCUACUUUUUCCUGCGCAUUCCUCAACAUGGUGCCCGUUUUCACAUUCAUACUGGCAUUACCAUUAGGUCUAGAAAAACUGAACCUGGAAAGCAAAAGUGGGAGAGCAAAGAUCUUAGGCACUCUAAUAUGCAUCCUUGGAGCCUUGAUACUGACAUUCUACAGAGGAACACAGCUAACUCAUCCACACUCACAAGCCGUAGGAAACAUCGUUAAUGCGAACUCGCCUCAAAAGCCAAAGAAUUGGGCCCUUGGCGCGGUACUCCUGACUGCAGGCUGCCUCAUGUGGUCCUCAUGGUUUCUCAUGCAAGCAAGGAUUGGCAAAUCAUUCCCAUUCCAGUAUUCAAGCACUGCCAUCAUCUCCUUUUUCGGAGCCAUUCAGUCGGCCAUUUUGAGUUUGAUCCUCGAAAGGAACCUUUCCAUGUGGAUUCUGAAGGGAAAGUUGGAGAUCAUCAGUGUCGUGUAUGCGGGAAUGGUGGGAUCAGCCUUGUGCUACGUAGGGAUGUCAUGGUGUGUCAAACACAAGGGUCCAGUCUUCACAUCAGCAUUCACCCCCUUCACACAGAUCUUCGUGGCGAUUUUCGACUUCUCCAUCUUUCAUGAACAAGUCUACCUUGGCAGUUUGCUAGGAUCUGCCUUGGUGAUAAUUGGGAUGUACACUCUUUUGUGGGGUAAGAACAAAGAGGCAAAGGAAUGUCUUGUGAAGCAGAGCCAAACAACUGAAGAAGGAGAAGAUUGUAAUUCACAAGUCAUACGCGUCACAAUCGAAUCGAGAGGUAAAGGGUUUAAGCACUAUUCGGCAUACUUGAAUCCUAGAGUGUUUGACAUUUCAAGGAUAACAAUUGCGAUUGAUGUUUAUCAAAUGUUUUUAGAGGAGAAGAAGAAGUUAAAGAAGGUUUUAGGAAAGCAACGGGAGAUUUUGGUUUGCCUUAAUGAUUGGGGCAUAACAGCAUUGUUCACAGUUACAGUGGACAAUGCAUCGUAUGAUGUGGCUAUGGACAGGUUAAAGAGAAAAGUCAAAGAUAUUCCUAAUUUUCUCGUCUUAGAUGGCCAGGCGAUACAUAUGCGGUGUGUCUGUCACAUUCUAAACUUGAUUGUUAAUUAUGGGCUCACGAACUUAGCAUAUUCUAUUGCAAGCAUCCGCAAUGCAGUUAGGUAUGUGAGGUCCUCACCUCAACGCCUCAAGAAGUUUAAGGAGUGCAUGAAGGAAGAAAACAUCAACUCAAUUGCCCUAUUGUGUUUGGAUGUGAAGACGAGGUGGAACUCUACCUACCUAAUGUUGGAGACUUCUUUCAAGUUUGUCCCCGUUUUUGAGAGGUUGCUUUUGGAUCAAAACUAUUGUGCUUACUUUGAUGAAGUUAUAAAAGACAAAAAGAUGGAGGGUCCACCAAAUGAGACGGAUUGGGACAAUGCUAGGGUUUUUCUGAGGUUCUUAGGAAAGUUUUACACUUUGACGAAAAAGUUUAGUGGUUCAUAUUAA